CAUGGUCACACAAUGUGACAGUCCAGACAUGGCUGGAAACGGGAGGCAGCUCCGUUUAACCGAGCCCCAUCUCCGACUCCAAGCCGCCUCCAAAAACUAACAACAACAAAAGGAAAACUUUGCCUUGCGCUAGUUAACGGGGCCCGGGACAGACAGCGUCCCAGGCAGACUGAAGACGUUUGUGCAUGAAUGAGUUUGAGAGGCAGCAUUUAAAAAAAAAAAAGAAAAAAGAAAGAAAGAAGUUUGUUGGGUUGACAGAGAGGCGACAGGUUGCGGGUUUGGGAUCAGGGAGACAGAGGGAGGGUCGCUGCAGCCGCGGGAGGUCUACACGCUUUUCAACGCACUCAAAUGAUGGCACCAAUGAUGGCAGAUGGAUUUGCUUUUCGUGUUUAAGUAUGACAUCUCCGGUCUAAAGGUAUGACGGAUAAACACUGCUGUGAAUGCUUUCCUGUGCUUAACUGGGAGUAAAGUGAGAUCAAGUAAAUGAAGAAUGCCAUCAGGUGUCAUACAUAUUGUGAACCCUAGUCGAUGGAUUUAUUACCUUUAAUACAAGAAUAUUUUACCUGUACUUUCUCCAUAGGCUAGAAAUCUUGAAGCAUGGGCGACUGGAGCUUUCUGGGGCGGCUGUUGGAGAACGCUCAGGAGCACUCAACGGUCAUCGGCAAAGUCUGGCUGACUGUCCUCUUCAUCUUCAGGAUCCUGGUGCUGGGGGCUGCGGCUGAAGAAGUCUGGGGAGACGAGCAGUCCGACUUCACCUGUAACACGCAGCAGCCCGGUUGCGAGAACGUCUGCUACGACGAGGCCUUCCCCAUCUCGCACAUCCGCUUCUGGGUGCUGCAGAUCAUCUUCGUGUCCACGCCGACUCUCAUCUACCUGGGCCAUGUGCUACACAUCGUCCGCAUGGAGGAGAAGCGGAAAGAGAAGGAGGAGGAGUUGCGCAAAGCAAACAGGUUCCAAGAGGAGAAAGAACUCCUUUAUAAAAAUGGUGGAGAAGUUGGAGGAGGAGGAGGAGGAGGCGGCAAGAAGGAGAAGCCGCCAAUCAGGGACGAGCAUGGCAAAAUCCGUAUCAGAGGCGCAUUGCUGCGGACCUAUGUGUUCAACAUUAUUUUCAAGACUCUGUUUGAAGUGGGAUUCAUUUUGGGCCAGUAUUUACUCUAUGGCUUCCAGCUGAGGCCCCUGUACAAGUGUGCACGUUGGCCCUGCCCCAACACCGUUGACUGCUUCAUAUCGAGGCCCACUGAAAAGACUAUUUUUAUUAUAUUUAUGCUUGUGGUGGCUUGCGUGUCUCUUUUGCUGAAUUUGUUAGAGAUCUAUCACCUUGGAUGGAAGAAAGUUAAACAGGGCAUGACAAAUGAGUUUGCCCCCGACCACGAGUCGCUGCGGCGUGUCAACAUUGCAGAGCCUGAGUGUUUGGCCUCGGCCUCCAGAACUGCCCCAUCCAGCCUCAGCUACCCUACCAACUACACAGAUGUGAAGGCGGGCAGCGGGGCGUUCCUGCCGCCCGUGGGGCCGGCAGCCGUGCCCUCGGCAGCGGAGUUCAAAAUGGACGAACUCCGGCAGGAGGAGUCCCUCCGUCAGCCCUCCCCCUCUUCUCACUACUACAUAAGCAACAACAACAACCACAGGCUGGCCACGCAGCAGAACUGGGCCAACUUGGCCACCGAGCAGCAGACUCGGGAGAUGAAGGCCACCUCCCCAUCUCCCUCCUCCUCUUCCUCCACCAGCACCAACAAGGAGCAGCAGCAGCAGCAGCAACCCGUCGAUGCUGCACCGCUCCCUCCAACCAGCAACACCACCAGUAACACCAACAUCACCAAUUCAACUGCCACUGCCGCCUUCAGCAGCAGCAGCAGCAGCAGCAGAAGCAGCCAUGGCACUGCAUCCAACGCAGGCAGCUGGAGUGGAGGGAGGAGCGAGCAGGAAGAAGGCCACGUCACCACCACCACUGUGGAGAUGCACGAGCCCCCGGUAACGGUCAGCACAGACCCUCGGCGGCUCAGUCGGGCCAGCAAGAGCAGCAGCAUCAGGGCCAGGCCGAGCGACCUGGCUGUCUAAAUUUCUUCAGCCCUUUCAUGUCCCUAAACCCUCCCUGACCAACACCCCGCUUCCCCCAGACCCCACCCCCCAAAACACAGUGAUUCUCAGACAAAACGAUCUCACACAUGCAUAGAGCAACAAAAAAAAAACUAACACAAAAAACCCCGCAAAAAAAAUCAAAAAACAAAAGAAGGCAAGAUGAUAAGAGACAGGAAAUCAGAAUAACAGAAAAGGUUUAGGCAAAUGUGAAAUGACUUGAUCAUCAGCAGUUGUUGAUUUAGUGCAAUCGGUGAGUUGCAGAGUAUUUGAGGCAGGUUUUAUUUUUUUUUUUUUUUUUUUAUAAUUUAUGCACAAACAAUUUGAUCAUGCAGUGCUAUGAAGUCAGAAGGCUCUGCGCACAGUGACAGAUGGAGAGAACGACAUUGUAAUGUCAUAAUUUUGCAUCAAAAUGGACACUUCUCACCAACGUGUUUGGUUUGGGGGGGAAGAUCUCAUGGUGUUCCUCUAUUUUCUUCUUUUUGUUGAGGCUAAAGGACUAACCAUUACAAAUGAAAAUCAUCAUUUGUCAAAACUAUGACUGAAUAUUUUUUUUUUUUAUCUGGAGGAAGCACAGGUAGCUGGCAUUGUUGUACGGAUCAGUUAUUUGAUGUGUAGCCAGAUGAUUCACUCAUAUAUCUUGUUCAUCAGUUCUAUCUGGUUUCACAGUCAAAUUGGCAGCGCAAACGUGCACUGCGUGUUGCACUACGUGUCAACAGCUUGUUCCAGCGUUUGUCCUUUGACCUGGAAGGCCUUUUGUUGCAGCACUUCCUGAAUGUUACGAAACAAACACCUUUUACGUUAAACAUAAUUCAUCCAUGAAGAAAUUUCAUCAACAAACAUUACAUGUAUUGUCUUCCUUGUAGUUGUGCAUGCCAGCAUGUGCAGCCCUACAACUCACCGAUUCACUGAUCAAUUUUCAUGGCAAAGCUGGCUAGCUUGGUUUUACCCAUGAUCCAUUGCAGCGCUUCUUGCACAGAGACAAUGCAUAUUUUAAUUAAGAUGGAAUGGACUCAUGUGAUACUCCCAGAGUCCUAAAAAUAAACAGACAGGAUAUGGGUCAAAACUGCUGGUAGAAGUCAUCACUGUGAUGCCCAGAAUGCACCUGGAUCCCUACGAGCACAUUGUCAAUAACAUAGAGAUCUAAAUGUUCCGACCAAUGCAGUUAGUUUACAAAAGAGGAAAAUAGGAGCAGGGUCCCUUGCGCCUGCGUCUGUCAGCGUCGCCUUCAGUCAACAAAAAUGCUUUCCAUUAAAUGCACAAAUGACAAGAUAUUGCCUUCAAAUAAUCUUAAAGCAAAUACAUGGAAGCCACCGUCAAAUAAUCUUAAAGCAAAUACAUGGAAGCCACCGUCUGAUAUAAAGAAAAAACAUAUUCCCUGUGUUCAGUCAGACAACCUCCCAAAGCUCCUUUGGUCAGACUUUAAACUGCUAUUUCCUUUAGUUAGAUUUUUGGCAGAUAUUUUUGCCCUCAAACGUACAAUCAAACUUCAUCACAUCUCAAGAUUAAGAGCAACUUUGGGAGUGAUUUCCGCCAUCACACAUUUCACAUGCUUCGUCAUUGGUUUUAUUCUUAAAAGUGCUAUUUUUUUUAAAUUGAAUUUUACUCAAAUUGCAUACUUGUAGUAGUCAGUUUGUGAUUGCGAAACAGCUACGAUUUAAUCAAAAUAGACAACAUGACUUGGCGUUGCGAGUAUCAAAACGCCACGGUGCAGUCUACCUUGACGGCUUCUAUUUUGUUGUGUUCAUCUUGAUACUUAGAGAUCUUUAGAAACCCAAACUUUUAACUGAAUUUACGAGCAGCCGCAGUCCUCUGUCUCUGUUGUGUUACUGUGCUGUUUGGUUCGUUCACAACCCAGGCACUCACUUUCAAAACCCCCUUCUUUUUCUUUUUUUUUUUUUUUUUUUUAGCUUUACAGCAACCAACCACUAUAUUAUUCUGUGAGUUCACCUCUGGGGCAAAGUUGAAAGUACAAAGUAAGACUGUGUGAAAACUCAAUCAUCUGCAUUGGACAUAUUGCACUCACAGGGCAUAACAGCAUGAUUAAGUACUAAUGUUUGUGCACAGUAUUUUAUAGGAACAAUACUUUUCCAGCAGUUAAUGUGCAGGUUAAUACACUGGAGUAAGAGCAAAGUGGUACCAGCUGUUUAUUUUUAUUUUCAGGGGGGUGGGGGUUAAAAAAUGAUGAUACUGUAUGGUGUAAGAGUAUCUGUACCCAUAUUGGUAUAAUGUCUCAUACUGUAGUUUACUUAAGUUGCUUAAAUGACAUUUUGGUGCAAACAGAAACACAAAGAGGAGAAUAAACACCCACACAAAACAUAGUUAAAAACAGCCUUUCCCAAUCCAUGUUUCUUGUUCAAAAUGACAAAAACAAAAUAAUAAUCUGUGUUAUCUGCAUUUGUUUUUGAUCCCUAAAGUUUACAUUUUGGUAGUUGAUAAAGAUUUGCACAUUUAGGAAAGAAAAAUUGCUGUUCUACAAUGCUAAUAUUGGUAGUGGUAGUAGAGAGAGAGAGAGUGUAAGAGAGAGAGAGAAAGAGAGAGAGAGAGAGAGUAUGCGUGAUGAGAAAACUGCCAGUCUCUAUGAUCCACAAAGGAAAAAAUGUCUUAAAACUAAAACGCAGUGGCUCUUCCCAGAAAAUAGCUUUUCUCAAGCUCAGAUAAUGUUGAGUUUGAAGAUUUAAAAAAAGAAAAAACAGCGAGAGAGAGAAAAUGGGGUAUUUUUCUGUGUUCACUCAGUAUGUUCUCACAGACUGGUCGAGACUCUGGUUAGACGUCAUAUCAGAAGACUCCCCUGUUGAGAGAAUGUUAGCUGGGUAGCUGGCCCUUCCCUAACCCCGCAUAAGAUGCCCUGGCAGGAUGUUGUGUUCAAAACCCAUCGUCUGCGUGACUCCUCCAAAACUCUCUCCUCUUACGUUUCAUGCAGAGCAUGAUAUCUCUGGCUCGUCAGGGAGUAUAGGAACCAUCUCACAAUGCUCAGAACAGCAACCUGUUUUCAAUGCUGUCUUAAACAAGAGAAGUGCCUUGUGUAUGAAUGAUUCUUUUGUAAGAACAAGUUGAUGUAAAUGUUCAUUUACCUCAAAU